GCGGGAACGGAGCGUGAGCCGGAGCGGGCUCCGAGUCGAGGUGGCGCCGCAGCCUGCCGGGCGGACUGGCGAGGGCGAGCGCCGGGCUCCGCGCUGCCCCUGCUCCCCGCGCGCCGCGCCCGCUCCUGCGCACCCGACGGCCCGCGGCGGGGAGGAGUCCACCGAGUUUGCCCCGGAGCGCCGCGAAGUUUGCCGCGAAGCUCCGCUCCCGAAAAGGGGGACCAGCCGGCGGCCGCUGGCGAGGUUGCUUCAUGGAAGGAGUGCUUAAUAGAACAAGACAGGACCAAAGCUCUACGGAAAAACAAAUCAUGUGGUCUUCAGAAAUGAGGAGAAAGGCAGCCAUCUGAAAUGGUCAUGAACCCCAAACAAGUCUUCCUCUCGGUGCUCAUUUUUGGAGUAGCAGGGCUGCUCCUCUUCAUGUAUUUGCAAGUCUGGAUUGAAGAACAACAUACAGGGAGAGUGGAGAAGAAAAAAAGAGAACAAAAAACAACUUCAGGAUGGGAUCCAGUAAAUUACCUGCAGCCUGUACCCAGAAUCAUGACUAGAGGAAAAAUCCAGGAACGUAUCACGGACCAGAACCCCGAGUUCCACAUAACUGAGGAGCCCAAGGGAAAAAAGGAAAAUCUUCUGCUCAACUCUGAGAGGCCGACUAGGGUCUUAAGGAAGACUAGCCACUCACAAGGAGAGGAUGGAGCUUUGGGUAAGCCCACAAGGCCACAAACAAUUAAGCUAAGUGAAAAACUUGAAGGAACUAAGACCGUUUUUAAGAAGUUCAGUGAAAGGAAAUGGCCAUUGGACAUCCACCCUUUAAACAAAAGUUUAGUCAAAGACAACAAGUGGAAGGAAACAGAUGUGGCCCAGGAGACACGCAGGUCUUUCCUUCAGGAGUUUUGCAAGAAAUAUGGUGGGGUGAGUCGUCCUCAGUCACAUCUUUUUCAUAUGGUAUCCAGGAUCUAUGUGGAAGAUAAACACAAAAUCUUAUAUUGUGAAGUACCCAAGGCUGGCUGCUCCAACUGGAAGAGAAUUCUGAUGGUACUAAGUGGGUUGGCUUCCUCUGCAUACAACAUCUCCCAUGAUGCUGUUCACUACGGGAAGCAUUUGAAAAAACUAGAUAGCUUUGACUUAAAAGGGAUAUAUUCUCGCUUGAACACCUACACCAAAGCUGUUUUUGUUCGUGAUCCCAUGGAAAGGUUAGUGUCCGCAUUCAGGGACAAAUUUGAACACCCCAAUAGCUAUUACCAUCCGGUAUUUGGGAAGGCGAUUAUAAAGAAAUAUCGGCCAAAUGCCUGUGAAGAAGCACUAAAUAAUGGAUCAGGAGUCAAAUUCAAAGAGUUUGUCCACUAUUUGCUGGAUUCCCACCGUCCCGUAGGAAUGGACAUUCACUGGGAAAAGGUCAGCAAACUCUGCUAUCCGUGUUUGAUCAACUAUGAUUUUGUAGGGAAAUUCGAAACUUUGGAAGAAGACGCCAAUUACUUUUUACAGCUCGUGGGCGCUCCAAAAGGGCUGAAAUUUCCAAACUUUAAGGAUAGGCACUCUUCUGAUGAAAGAACCAAUGCUCAGGUAGUGAGACAAUAUUUAAAGGAUCUGACUAGAACUGAGAGACAAUUAAUCUAUGACUUUUAUUACUUAGACUAUUUGAUGUUUAAUUAUACAACUCCAUUUUUGUAGUUUGCAUUCAUUUUCUAAAACCCUGUAUUUACUCCAUGGUGAUGGCCUCCAAUCAGCUAACUGUAAUUUUCCUACAAUUCUCCGUGUGAGAGAGAAUUUAACUAAGUGUAGUUGUCUUGAUUUAAUGAAGAUUUUUCCCAAAUAGUAUGACACCAAUUGGCACAAAGUUUUAGGAAAAUUACCUUACAGAGAUGUGUAAACAACUUGACUUGCUCUAAAAUGUUUGGGAAAUAGCUGCUUUUGCAUUAUGGAUUAUAUUAUAGAAGCAAUAACCUAGCCAGCUGCUACAUUAGCUUCAAUAGCCUCUUGCAAUGAUAGGAAAGGGGAUCUAAAAUAGCAUGAGUAUAUGUCUACAUCCUGGAAUUUGUUGUCUAAAGUGCAUGGAUAUAUUUUUAGCAGUCUGUGACAUACUAUUUGAACAUUGGAGAGUUUUCUUACACCCUGGAAGUCUUUCUAUUGACUGCAAUGAUAAGCCAAUUUUGAAAUAAUAUUUUGGACCUAGGCAUUUAACUUUAGAUUGGAAGGCAUAUAUGAUUUACAAUAUGAGAAUAUAGCAGAAAAACCAGAUGAGGCUAUGGCUUUUUAUAUUCAACAGCCAAUAAAAAAUGCACAACAUGCUAAGAUCAAAGCAACAAAAACAACCUUCCUCUUCCAGAAAAACCUUAGGGAAUUGAUUCUGUUUUCUUUUGAGCCCUCUGUGCAGAGACAGAAUGAACAUAACCACUAAAGGUCUUCUCUUCUGAAGCAGGCGGUUGAGAAGUUUAAGCCUCAUCAGAUAUAAAUGUGCUCCUAAUUCUGGUUUAAUUGGGCAGGGGGGAAAUUGUUUCAGGAUGGAAUAAUCAUCAAAAACAAAAGUUGCCACUCUGAAUGUAGGCCUCAAACAAUAACAAAGUUUUAUAAGAAUAUUAUUUGAAUCAAAGCAUCAUGUGCGUAGCUUUCUAUGUGGAAUGUGAUCUAAGAAUAGCUUUUGUUUCCAGUCUAAUUACUUAGCUUGGGAAUGACUUUUUAAAAACUCAUAUACCACUUCAAAGAUAGGUUAUAUUCUAGAGAAUAAACAAAACAAGAGCCCCUAGAAACAUUUUUAAUAGGCUUAUGCAUAAACAAAUUAAGGUAUUUUGUUUUUAAGUUUAAAUAUUCUAUACUAACAGAGUCAGAUACCACUGCAUUCAUAUAUUAAAUCAAAGUUUUUGGAAAAUAGGACCAGGUGUCACCCCUAUCAAAAGUUGUAAUGCAUUUUGGAAAUUUUUUCCAAAGGACCCUAAAUUUGAAGACACAUUUGGAUGGGGAACUUAUUUUAACUGGCUAUUACCUUGAGUUAAGAAAACCACAUGUCAUUCAAACCUGGUUUAAAUGCAGCUCUUGAACAUGUUCUUCUUCCCAAGCGAUCAUUGCUUCUCAUCAGUAAAUACUCGGUAACAUCUCUCAGAAAAAAGUAGGUAUUAAUAUUUAAAUAUUAAUAGACCAAGCUAGUUACAGUUGUACUUAUUUCAUUCUGAUUUUCCAUUUCAUGGCUGAGUAUUCAUAAAUUGCUUCCCUCAACACAUACCUGCCUUGUCCCAUCUGUGUCUCCCAAUGAGUACGUAACUGCAGCAGGCUCCCAGAUCAUAAGUAUUAAAACUUUCAAGCCAAUCUUUUACUACUUUCCACUCCAUUUACUCUUGCCUCUAGACCAUACACUUAGGCUGUGCUCUCUGUUUUUAAGGAGUUUUACUCUAGAGUAAUCUAAAUCAUAUGAUUUAAAUUUUGCCGUACCAUGUAGAGUGGACUCCUUGUAACUUGGAGACAUUGAAAUUAUCUUUUUAUGGAGGAAGAGAGGGAAUAUAAACUAUGCCAAGAAGCCUGAAAUUUUACUCCUAAACUACAAAAAGAAAAGCUAGUUUUCGAUGGGAUCUACUAUAAAGUACAGAAGAAAUUUUCUCAAUGCUAUUCUAAAACCUUAUAAGGAACAAAAAAAAAAACUGUUCAUAACUUUGAAAGAAAAAAUGGAAACAAGUAUCCUAUCUUUCUCUUAUUAGCAUUUCUACUGCAUUUAUGAGGAUGGAAUAUAUAUGUGGAAUACACACACACAAACAUGUUUGUAUAUGUAUGCACACACACACACACACACACUCACACACACACACACAAAUAUAUCCAUAAUACUGUUUGGCACUGGAGGGAGAGAAGAGAGCUGAUGCUGUCUAUCAAAGCUGUUCUAUGCCUUUUGCUGUAUAUUCUCCUUUCCACUGAGCCUGUGUAACCAGAGGUGGUCCUUCAGUCAUUCUCUUCCUAAAAGACUCCAAUACCAGCAGGCAUCCUGUGUGGCUGUGAGUUCCCGAGGCCACAUGUUAAAAAGGUUUUAUGAAGGGGUGCCUAGGCGGCUCAGUCAGUUGAGCGGCUGACUCUUGGUUUCAGCUCAGGUCAUGAUUUCAGGGUUGUGAGAUCGAGCCCCACGUUGGGUUCCACAUUCAGUGGGGAGCCUGAUUGAGGAUUCUCUCCCUCUGCCCCUCCCCCACACUCUUUCUCUCUCUCUCUCUAAAAUAAAUAAAUAUAUCUCUUUUUUAAAAAGGGGGGGUUAUGAAGGAAGAACACAUUUUUUAUGUACCUACUCUUCUUUUAAAUGACUUCUGUUCAUGGCAGGGCCGAAGAAGCCAGUCACCAUCUUGGAUUCCUUGUGAUGUUAAGUACCUUUUCCAUUUAUCGUUUCUGAAUUACUCUGCUUUGCAGACCAGCUCACAUUCACCAUUGUCGUUUCUGCCUGUGCACAAGCCCCAGGUGUGAGCAUCACUGCUCCUUUGAACGGUCACAAUUUCAUGGAUUUUCAUUCCUAAAGGCAAGUAACCAAAUCUAGACUCAUCUUCCAGAUGUCCAGUGGUCACAUUCUAACACUAACAUGCUCUAGGUAUAAUUAUAAGUUCUCUAAUUAAACCCUAAGAGUCUUAUUUGUUUUUAGAGGCGGCGGUAACAACCGCGACGUGUCUCAUCACUCUGUUAUUCCCCUGCCUGGAAUUACUAGCACGGUAAAAGUUGGCAAUUAAAUCCAAACUCACAGUUACUUGAUGUGGUAAACCAUCUAUGGAUAUGUAUGGUUGAUGUGAUUGUGCCCGGGAACUGUCAUAAAUUUCAAUGGAAAUGCAUAUACAGGACACUCAACUCUAAUUUUCUCACACGUUUGGAAAUAUCCUUCAAGUCGAUGGGAGUGCGGCUACUUGCUAAAUUCUCUAACUUCACAGGCUAUAAAAUAUUAUCUAGCAAUUCAAGAGCUACUUGGAUACCAUUUAUAAUCAGGAAGAGGAAAAAAACGUUUCCACUUUACAUAUGAAUAAUUAUUCAUCAAAGAAGUACUGUCUCCUAAAAUAUAUAGUGUUUAGCUGAAAAGAAUAUAUAAGCAGAUGCAGGGAAUUUUAAAUAUGAGUUCCCUUUGAAAGAUCAUUUGCAGAAUUGGUAGAACCUGGAAUCCAUAGACUGAGGCUACUGUAAACAUCUCCCUACCGUAAGUUCUCACUUGACCUCUUCGGGUGUCUUAAGCCUCCAGGCUUUCAUGGAAUAUGGCAAAGCAGAAACUCUGCCAUGCCUAACAUCCCCAACAUCCUCUGAAAUUUGAAGGAUGGUUGCCCUUAGGCCUUAAAGAGUAGCUCAAUCACCCAAGGACCUUAAACCAAGGCUAGUUUAGUCCUACCUCUAGGGGCAUACCUUUCUAAUCUCAACCAUAAUCAUUAUAAUACUAUUCAUGAUAAUAAUCAAACGUUUAUUCCUUUAUUUAAUCUCCAUAGUCAAUCUAAGAUGCUAUGUAGGCCCAUGCGCACGCAUGCACGCACACACACCCACACAAUAAUAUAAUAAAGAAAACUAGGGGUGCCUGGGUGGCUCAGUUGGUUAAGCAUCUGCCUUCGGCUCAGGUCGUGAU